GCAGAUGAUGAAGAGCAGCAGGUGAGACUUCCUCUCUUUCUUUUACCACUCCUGUCCAUCACCGGCAGGACUGGCUGUACUUUCAGGUGUAUGAUGUGAACGUUCUAGGCGGAGUAUGAUGCCAUGCUGCAGGAGUUUGCCGGCGAGGGAUCCCCCUGCUAGCCUCUGCCGUCCCAGCGGAGACCUUCCAGCCCUAUCUCAACGAGCUGCUGCCGCUCAUCAUGAACAAGGCUAAGUUGUCGUACACAGUGGCCGACCGUUCAUUCUCCGUGGGCACGCUCGGAGAGAUCCUGCAAUCCCUCGUCAACGUAUCUGGGGGCAGGGCCUGUGCCGGCAAACUGUCCAAUCAGCUGCUGCCUGUCCUAGUGGCUGGGGUGAGAGACAGCGACAGUGAGGUUCGCAACAACAGCGUGUUCGCACUGGGAGCACUGGCCCAGGCUGCUGGACCCCUCGUCGCACGAGACUACCCCAUGAUGCUGUCCCUCUUCUCCAACCUGCUGUCUAAAGAACAAGAUAGGAGGGUGAUUGACAACCUGUGUGCUGCCCUCUGCAGGAUGAUCAUGAGCAACAUGGAGGGUGUCCCUCUGGAACAGGUGUUCCCUGCCCUCCUGGCUCACCUCCCUCUGAAGGAGGACAUGGAGGAGAAUAAGACUGUGUACAGCUGCUUGGCCAUGCUCUACUCUCAGAACCCUGCACUGGUCCUGAGUCAAAUUAAGCCAAUAGUAUCUGCUUCCAGCCACGUCCUGGGAACCAAGGAUCUUGACACAGAAACCCAGAACACCCUGGUCAUGCUGCUCCGAGACGUCGCUCAGCGUCACUCCAAGGAAUUCGAGGUCGCCAUGAAGUCACUUCCCGCUGAGCAGAAGAUGAAGCUGACAGGGGCCGUUAGCCAAUCCUAGCACACCACGUCAACCAGCUAUUCCAUGCCAGUCAAAGCCAGCGAAUUGUAGGAUUUGUGUUACUACAUAUGACAAGUGGGACAGUAGUUGUAAACCUGCAAACUCCUGCACUUGAACCAUUCUACUAUUAGGAUUCUAUCAUUAUUCAGAGGUUCUGUUCCUAGUUCUCACUUUUUAAUUUAUAUUGUCUGUGCUUUUUAGAAGUGAUUUAAUUUUUUGUGUGUUACUAGUAUGUGUUUGAUGUUUAUUUUUAGUCUGAUACUGGUUUAACCUUGUUGUAACUGAGAACCUCCAUCUAUUUUCUGCUGGCCCCCUUUUACCACACAUUUGAUCAACUGGCUUGACUAGUAUUGAGUGUGAAGCAAUGAACUGAACUCAUGAUAAAUGCCUUUUUCUCAGA